AUGGACCCGUGUUUGGCAUUUCAGGAAGUCGAGGAGUGCGUGGGGACGUGCGACGUGGAUCAGGAGCCAACUUCGGUGGAAGCACCUCAACGGAGCCCGGCGAUCCGACCAGGACACCUCUGGCAGAACGACACGGCCGAGACGAUGCAAUCAGCGCUGAAGGGAGUUCGUGUGGCUUCGCAGGAGGUUUCAGAGGAGAUUUUAUUGGUGCUGAAACAUCAGCAUAGCGAGGUGAUGCAGCGCUUGGAGUGGCAGGAUCAAGUCUUACGCGAAAUGAAAGAGGGGAAGGUGGAAGGGAGGAGGUGCAGCACCGGAGAAGCAUCUUCGCUGAAAGUGUGUCAAGUGGGCAGACCGUUGGAGAACUGGCAAGGUGCCACCUCGCAGCGACAUGAGAAGUCACCGUUGAUGCGCGCCCGGGCUGUGGGGAUCUUUACCACGACGGCUCGCGUGGACGGCCUUUCCGCUGCGCCUGCUGCGCGUCUUGCGACGUGGCGCCGGCGGAGUGUGCCCUUGGAGCGCUAUGUGGCGCCGGCGCAGCGGAGGGUGGGACAUACUCCGCUGGCCGUGCUAAGGGUGGUGGGCCUGGCUCUGAUCCUCGUGACGUUGGGCCUGUUCGUGGUUUUCCCAGUGGUGUCUGUGGGGAUGCUAGUGAAGAAGGAUCCUGGGAGGAAGUGGGUGGAUUUGGUGAUUUGCGCAUGGGCAAAGAUGACCAUCUCCCCCUUCUUCCGGGUGAAGAUCAAGGGCCAUGAUAACCUUCCGAAGGACGAAGCCUGCGUUUACGUCGCCAACCAUCAGUCCUUCAUGGACAUUCUCUCGGUCUACCAGUUGUUCAAACCCUUUAAGUUUGUCUCCAAAGCCUCCAUCCUGAAGAUUCCGUUGGUUGGCUGGGCCAUGAGGCGGGCGAAGACCAUCACCAUCGAACGGGAGGAUCGACGAUCCCAGCUGAAUACCUUUCGCGAGUGCGUGGAAGCACUGAAAAAAGGCACUUCCAUCUUCGUUUUCCCCGAGGGAACUCGCAGCAGCGACGGCAAAUUGUUGAAGUUCAAGCGCGGCCCGGUGUCCAUAGCGAAGCGUGCGAAGGUGCCCAUCGUGCCGCUGACGAUCCUGGGCACUGGGCGCCUGAUGCCGGCGAAGAAGGAGUACCUGCUGUACCAAAACAACUGCGGAGUGAAGCUGGUGGUGCACCCCAUGAUCUCGGCCAAGGAGGUCCAAGAGACCCCCGACGACGAGUUGCUGCAACGCCUGCGUGACACCAUCGAUGCCUCGCAGCCGCCACAGUUGCAGACGAUGCCGGUUCCUUCGCCUACCAAACGUGCUGUGCCUGACGCGGCGGUAGUGGAGAGACUCUUUCGUCCCUUGGCCAACUAUCCAGUGGUUGGCACCUUUGAAUCCAUUGACGCGGACCUGAAGGAUGGCGCCGCGACGGUGGAUGAAAAGGAGGCUGCCAGGAAGAAGCGUCAACAGAGCUUUGUCUCAACGAAUGCGGAGAAGGGAUGCUUGGUGAAGUUGACGACUCACCCAUGGUUUGACAUCUUUUUUGCCGGCGUGGUGAUAUGCAACUCCAUCUUUGUGGGUGUCGAGGUCAGCCACACCAUCUACUACAAAGGCGACACCGGGCCAUUUCUCGAGGUCGUCCGUUAUAUCUUCGCGGUGAUUUUUACAUUGGAACUCAUUCUGCGCAUCAGCGCGGGAGGAAAGAUCUUCUUCACCUCGGAUGAGUGGAUGUGGAAUUGGUUGGAUUGCUUUAUUGUGUUCACGUCCAUCUGGGAGAUUGUCAACGACCUGGUGCUGCAAGAACUUUUUAAGGGCAGUGAUGGUGUGACCUUCACUGGGCUCAAAGCCCUGCGACUGGUGCGCAUCACACGCAUCGUGAAAGUGGCACGGCUGGCGCGAGUGCUGAGGUUUGUGAUGGCCUUGAGGACCUUGAUCUCCUCCAUCAUCUAUACCCUGAAGUCGUUGAUCUGGGCCAUGAUUCUGCUGGGGCUUAUUGUCUAUGACACAAUGCUGAGCCUGUUCAUGAGCAUCGCUGGUGGGGUAAGCUGGGAAGAAGUGGUACGGCCGUUGAAGGCCAUCUCCACCGCCUGGGUCUUCGUUUUCCUCUUCUACAUUGCUUUCACCUAUUUUGCGGUCCUUAACGUUGUCACAGGGGUGUUCUGUCAAAGCGCCAUCGACAGCGCGCAGAAUGAUCAAACCUUGGUGCUGCAGUCCAUACUGGCCACCAAACAGGCAAACAUCGAGAAGAUUCGACACCUGUCUCCUGGUCAAAAAGAUCAGCUUGUAAAGGGUAAUAUCUCAUGUGAAACGUGGAGUUCCACAAAUGGGGAUGUUAAUCCCCUAAGGUGA